CUUAGUAUUCCCACUAGCACUGUUAACGAUACUAUAAAAAGAUACAAAGAAACAGGUUCUGAAAUACCUGAUAAGUGUCCUGGUCAUCUUAAAAUACUUAAUCAACGUGAUAAAUGGACCUUACAACAUAUCGUUCGAAAUAAUCGGUUCGCUUCUCUUAGUGAUAUAACAAGCAGAUUAAUCUCUAGUCUUGAUACCACAUUGCAUAAUAAUACUGUUAGAAAAUACCUUUAUGAUGAAGAAUUUGGUAGUUAUGUCGCUCGUAAGAAACCCCUUUUAACCCAAAAACAGCAAAAGGAUAGGUUAAAAUGGAGUAGAGAGAAACGAAACUGGGGUGAUGAAUGGAAAAAGAUAAUAUG